AUGCCGAUACUGGAGCGAAACCCCCCGCUAACGAGAAGUGGGUAUCUCAAUGCCCUCUCUAAACGAUCGUCAGCCAUUUCCUGGUCCAAGUAUGGCUUCAUCACUUAUGCACAUCCUGAUCCGAGCUCGGGUCACAAUAUGUGCCUCACAUACCUCGAGAACACAAAUGGGAAAGAUUGGCAACUAGCGAAAGCCACGGAAAUUGCAUUGAAGCCGCUGGACGGCGGCUCGGUGGCUGAAAUCGAUAGGCUCAAGUGGAGUAACCUCCUGACAGACUUGGCUGUGUGGGAUGUUCAUGGGAAUUUCUACAUCUUGCUUGCUGGAGUCGGACUCAUAAAUGAUAAGAAGGAAAAGGAGAUGAAUGGGCUGCAUGGUCCGGCUAAUGGUAGCGGCGCUUCUCCUCCACUAAAACGUGAUAACGAUGGUCCUUCCUACGAAUUAACAUCCUACAACCACAUCGAGAUGAUAUACAGAGACAUUGUGCCACCGCAAGCACACACCAAAUGUGUUGCUUUUGAGUGGUUGAAUAUUCAGAAACCACAAAUUAUCAAUAAACCAGCUACUUUAACUAAUGUGGACGAGUCGGGUUACGCUCACUAUGCAUACGGUGUACAGCAACAUCAUCCCCCCGGACCCAGCCAUCCUAUAUCAACGAAGCAGGCUUGUUUGGCUGUUCGACAAAAUGGUCUUUUAAAUUUGUACUAUCAGGGAGAGCACAAGGUAGAGUAUCAUAAGUUAGCCUAUAACUUGGCACCCGAUGGCAGAGAAGGCAGCUGCACUUUCACCAAGGCGGCUAUUGGGUUUAACAGCGAUAAAAAGCUUGUCAUUUGUGCAUACGACGCCCGUUCAGACCUAAUAUUGACUUAUGUGGUGAGCAUCGACUGGGGAUAUUUAGUAGACUCUGCCCAACGCCAAAGGUCUGAUCCACACUACCAUACCCCUAAGGAUGGUCAGAAUCAGCCGCUGCUCUCGUGCUCUUUGGUGCAUGAAAUGAGACCAGAGCCCACCGCAUUUUGCGAUAAUGAAGAUGACAAGCAAUUUGGACGACCGGAAGUUGUUCAACAGACCUUGAAGCUGAUUGAAUUAUUUUCUCCGUCUUUCCAGCAAGACUCCUGCUUGGAAAUCCUCAUCACAUACGAGUGUAUGGAUCCUGUUGGGAGUCAGCCUUAUACGCUGGCGUAUAGAUACAAUUUAGAACCUGCAAUGGAUGCUGUGGGCGAUCUUUUUGAUUCUAUGGCGGCAGAAAACAGCAAUGAGUCUCGCGAUGGUAUAUCGAGACUAGUUUUACAAGGCCGCAUCAACCUUUCCAAGCAAGUACAGCAAAUUGAGACCGCGAUUUCAGAGAGUUUGUUGCUUUUCAUAUACAACGACGGCUCCAUCGAUUCUAUAAAUAGAGAGACCUGGGAAGUUAUGCAGCCACCAGAGGUCAAGAUCGAGGGCAAGGAAAGCUCUGACGCCUUUCCGUCUACCAUCAUGUCACUUCUAGAUUGCGGUUUUCAAUUUCCUACUUUGGAACCAUCGCCAAAUUUAUUAGCCAUCUCUCCAAACAUGGCAGCAUUUGUUCAUUACACUGAUGGAAGACUUCAGUACAAAGCUUUAGAGCAGUUCAACAGUGGUAGCAACACUCUGCUAUGUGGCAUAGGCUUUGCCUACAUGCAUGCGUGUGCUUGUUACUCAACAACAUCUUCAGAUGACUUACUAGUGAUGCUCAGAAAUGAGCUUCAUAAAGUCGAGUCACUUGUGCCAGAUCUGGCAGCUGAACUUAUAGAUUUAGUGAUGACGGAAUCCCACAAGGCUAUUAACUUCCAGUUGAACUCAUUUGGAAAAGAAUCAGUGGAUAAACUUCUUUCCAACCCUCCUUUACAAAGACUAUUGUCACUACAGCUUGUCUUGGGAGAGCUUCAUCCAACCAACAGAGCAAUUAGAGAUAUGGCAUGGAUUGUUCUCAAUCUAAGAUCUACAAGUUUUGGAAUAAUGUUUUCCCUUUCCAGCAUCUACAGACAAAUGUCAAAAAAGAAGCCCGCCGAGGACCUUUUGCAAGACUCGGUGAGUCGAGCAGAGUGUAUUAUGCUGUUGGUAGGCAAUGUGCGGUGGCUCAUCGACUUAAUCGUCUAUUUUAAUCAGGAGCUACUACAACUUUCAUUUUCAAGAAGCAGGCCGGCGCAAUCCAAGGUGACACUUGACAACUCUGUUGUUCUUCCAGUCAUACUAGGUAAAGUGCCAAGAUUAUUCCUUAUGUACUCGCUCUCGUCCAUUGGCAAGACGCACGAGAUAUUAAAGAAGCUCUACAAAGAGCUCAAUGAAAGCAACAAGCUCUUUACGCCCAUGAAAGAGGCUCUCAACAGGUUCUUCACAGCAUGUAACUCACUGCCUUUGAACUUAGGCCUUUUUGAAAGCUUUCUUCGAGAAUGUGAACUCUAUGUGAACAAGGAGCUCAACAAUGUUGUUUCUAACGACAGAAACCAACUGCUUCGCCUAGAGCAACAGCUCUUCUGCCGCGGAUUCAUACCUGAAGAGGUCAAAUAUAUGGCCAAGGUGUUGAUUGACCGCCACGCAGCUACGAUAAGCAGAGACUUGAAGCUAUCCGACUUGUACUUUUACGAGAAUGAUUGGAUAGACGUAGGAAUCGCACGCAAGACACUUCCCGUGCCACUGGCCUUGUCAGAUGAUGGAUAUAAUCCCACAAUACCCCGCCUUCGUUAUUCAGACCUGGAAGUUGUUGAUGCUUUGCGCAAAAUCAUAAUCAAUGCAGCACCCACAAUACCAUCAGGUGGUGCCACAGCCUUGGGAAAAGGGUACUCGCUGAAGAACAAAAUAAGGAAAUGCACAAGGUGCAAGGCAGUCUCUCUAGUGGCGGAUCCUACCAUUUUUGAUGGAGCUGGCGGUUUAGGUGUUUGGACAAUGGUGUUUCAACGGACAUGCAUUUGUGGAAAUGCAUGGGUGAACUGCUCUUGA